UCCCCGGCUCCUCUUCCUUAUUGGUCAGGUGGAGCCGUUACCUCACUCCGGGGCGCGUCACGCAGCGUCUUCACGUAUCCUUCACGCGUGUCUCUUCUUGUUUCUUAUUGAGAGUCUUGCCGUCGGUCGGAGGGAGAAAAGCGGGAUUGUCAGCGAGCCGAAGAGAGUGCAGGGAACGGACCGGGGUGCGCUUGAUACUCAACACUUCCCAUCCCGGGAGGAGAGCGGCGCACAAGAGCAGUCUCUCUCUCACUCGCUUUCUCUCUCGCUCUCACACACACUUUCUCUAUGUGUCUCUCUCCCGCACCCAUACACACUCACGGACGCCCGCGCGCACGCACGCUCUUCAUACGUCUCCACUUUGCCGGAGUAAAUUACGGCAUUGAUCUUAACGGCGAGUGCGGAUCUGUCUCUUGUGUUCGUGCUUUCUUCGACGGAGCGACUUGGAGAAACGGACAGAGAAGUAACUCCUCUUAUACUGAAUGUCUGUGAGGACCCUUUGUCAUGUUCGCUUAGCUCCCCUGCGUGAUGCCUGAUCAUGACAGCACCUCACUCUUAACCAGACAAACCAAGCGCAGACGUGUCGACAUCGGGGUGAAAAGGACUGUGGGUAGCACGAUAUUCGGCCGCUCCAGGGAGACCCUGCUCGACAGCAUGAACCAAUCGCACUGCAUCGACCAGGACGGAGACUGCUCUUUGGUCGCUCACGGCCACGGCAGCGCCAACGUUGACGGGGAGAAGUCAAAUGUUCUAAGGAAGUUGCUGAAGAGGGCAAACUCGUACGAAGACGCCAUGAUGCCUUUCCCUGGGGCCACCAUUAUCUCUCAGCUACUGAAGAAUAACAUCGGAAAGAAUGGAGGGAGUGACUCAGGCUUUCAGGGGAGUGGAGCUUUGUCCAGCGGAGGUUCAGAGAUCCAGGCGGAGGAUGCUUGCAGCAACUCCUCUCAUGACCGGGACAGCCCCUCUGACUGCCUCUCUCCUGGGCCUCCUCACGCCCCUCCAUCGUCGUCCUCCUCCUUUGGGCGUCCGCCUCCUGCUUCUAGUCUCAACACCCACGCUCCCUCUCAGCAGCCCCUCGCGCUCUCCUCCUUCGACCUGGACAGGCUAUCAGACGAGCACCUUCGCGCAAAGCGGGCUCGCGUUGAGAACAUCAUCCGCGGUAUGAGCCACUCCCCGCUGGUCAGGCCCAACGCCGGCGACCACAACCAAGAAAGCAACCGCGAGAAUGAGAACAGCAGCAACAACAGCAGCAGCAGCAAUGACCACCGAGGAGAUGUCAACAGCCACAACACCAGCAGCCACAACCACAGCCGGGGCGACAGGCCUUCUUCCCUGCUGAGCUCUCCAGGUUUGCGAGGCGGCGUGGUCAGCGUUGGCGAAGUCUACAGGGAGAAUAAGAGAAAGCAGCGGCUGCCGCAGCAGCAGCACAGCUUCACCCAGCUGGUGUGUUCCAGGCAGGAGCAAAGGCAGGAGGAGAGACGGCAGCUCAAACUGCAACUGGAGGACAUGCAGAAACAGCUGCGCCAACUCCAGGAGAAGUUCUACCAGAUCUACGACUCAGAGACCGAGGAAGAGGAAGACAACGGCGAGCCAGACCGAGGAAGAGAAAGAGAGGAGGAUGGCAAUUUGUCAGAGGACAGUAUACGCUCUGACGGCCUGGAAGAGAGGCACCGAGACAGAGGGCGGCAUAGCCAUGACGACCUAUCAGAGCUCGACCCGGGCCUGUUCCUGGAUCGGGCCAGAGCCCUCCUCCGAGAGCAGGCCCUGAUCGAUGGUGAGUUGGAGGAAGAUGUGGAUGGCAGGGAACAGGAGGAGAGGAAUGGAGCAAAGGUGGUGAAGAGGAGAGGAGCAGGAGGAAGGCAGUUAGCAGAGACGCUGAAACAGGAGCUUAACUGUGCCGUGUCGCAGGUGGUCGACACGGUCGUCAAGGGCUUCUCCUCGCCAAAGCAAGCCGUCAGCCGCCAUCGUGGCUGCCACAGUAGCACACCGGCUGCGCCCUCCUCGUCCUCCAACUCAUCCUCAUCAUGUCCUCCGCCCUUUGGUCCCCUCCCCUCUCUUACUCCAGACUCACGCUUUGGUGGUGGCGCCCUGACCCUAAGUCUGAACGGCGACGGCAGUCCUACCCCGAACUACCAUUCCUCUAACCAGAGGCUGCACUGCUUCGGCGAUGUGAUCGUCCCGAGCCCGCUGGAUUCAUUUGGUGGUUUAAGUGGCAGACUGAGCGGUAUUCCAACGCCCAACGACCAAACUGAGGCACUGCCGCUGGUGGUGCGAAAGAGUAGCGGAGGUGGGGGAGAGAACACCAACCCCUCUCUCCCUCCUCCUCCUCACCAUCCCUCCCUCCACCCUUCUCCUCUCACAGCCUCGCUCGGGUUCAGCCCGCCAUCAUUUCGCCACCCGUUCCCUCUUCCUCUUAUGGGUUACCCAUUUCAGAGCCCCCUGGGGCCGCACGGAGGACACGGGUAUCCACCAGGGCCCAAGGACCAUCAUCGGUCCUCCCCUGAUUCCAUGGACAUGACCCGGGAAUCCAUCAGCCUCAGAACCAAAAUGGCGUCCCUAGGAGGAGGCCAUCUCAGUCACCACCACCAUCACCACCACCACAGGCAGAGCUCGCCGAACCAACAUGGGCCAGAGGGUCUGUCCUUGUCCCUCAUCAAGUCUGAGUGUGGGGACCUGCAAGACAUGUCCGACAUAUCGCCCUACUCAGGCAACACCAUUCAGGAGGGCUUAUCUCCAAACCACCUGAAGAAGGCCAAGCUGAUGUUCUUCUACACCCGCUACCCGUCCUCCAACAUGCUCAAAAUUUUCUUCUCCGACGUCAAGUUCAACCGCUGCAUCACCUCCCAGCUGAUCAAGUGGUUCAGCAACUUCAGGGAGUUCUACUACAUCCAGAUGGAGAAGUUCGCCCGGCAGGCCAUCAAUGAGGGCGUGACGGCUUCAGAGGAGAUGUCGGUGGGCCGUGAUGCCGAGCUCUUCAGGGCGCUCAACAUGCACUACAACAAGGCCAACGACUUUGAGGUUCCUGAACGAUUCCUGGAGGUGGCCCAGGUGACCCUUCGCGAGUUCUUCAACGCCAUCGUGGCAGGAAAGGAUGCAGACCCGUCCUGGAAAAAGGCCAUCUACAAGGUGAUCUGCAAACUGGACAGCGAGGUUCCUGAGGUUUUUAAAUCCCCAAACUGUCUACAAGAGCUCCUCCACGACUGACUGGGGCGAGGGAGCAGAUCCCGCACGCAAGACAAGCCUCAGAGGACAUUAGAAGACUUUAAGAAAACGUAGAUUAGACUUUAUCGACGUUUGACCUACAUGAUGCGAUGCUGAGACUUGAAGUGAUUAUCUCGGAUAUUUGUUGUUUUUGGUCAUCUUUUAAGGACAGAACUGCCUUUGAAAUGUUUUAUAAAACAAGAAAAUAUUCCUCCUCAAGACUCGGACUCGUGAGUCGUUCAGACUAACAAAUUAUGUCCAGACUUUUAUAAAGGCAAAACAGUGAAAACGAACGUCCUUGCACUUACAGAAGAGCUCCUUCUUGUUAAAACAGCCCGUCUCCAGUCUCGUCCCUCUCUGGAGAAACAACGGGAUGAAGAAGAUGAAGGAUCCUUCUUCAUCCUGUGAUCAUCCGGAGCCAACUAAAAAUAAAGAAGAUAAUAUAUACAAAUCUUUUUAUUGUGGAUGUUUUUAAGUUUCAUGGACAUUUUUUGAGACAAAAAAAGUGAUGUUUCUGUAUUUUUCCUUCUUUGUAUAAGCUUCUCUUCUAUGAUCCCUCAGUCACUCACAUAGAUACACGUGCACACACAACCACAAACACACAAUCUUCUUGAAUAGAAAAGCACAGUAGCAUUCCCAAAUCCUCACCCAAACCCAGACAGCUGGGUGUCAACGAGCUUAGUUGUUGUUUAUUUCCCUUCUUUUCCCCCUCUUCUUACUGUACUGAGACGUACUGCGUGUUUUCUUUUUUUUGACUGUGUGGCUCUCCCUGCCCCAUCCCUUCCUUGGUUGCCCCUCUCGGAUCAUGUUGCAUUCAGGUACCCAGAGCGACAGGAAAAAUAAGGAUUUCACGAUUUAAAAUCUUCAAAUAUGAGAAAAUCAGUUAAUCCAAACCCCUUUAAAUAGUAUGGGAAGUGAGUUUUAACUGUGAUGAACCAGAAAGUCUCGUUAAAAAGCUUAAAUUCGCUACAUUUUCUGCAUCAAAAUGUCCAAAAGGUAUUAGAACUUUGUUAUAUGUUUUGUAUGGUUGCGUAAUAAGAAAAUAGACGUUUUAUGCACGAGGUAAAUGGAAUAAAUUGUGCUUGUCUUCUAGGGAAACACGGGACAAUAAACAGAUUAUAGGUCAGAGAUUAAGGACAGAAUCCAGCACCCAUGAUCCCACGCUACUUAACAACAUCAUCACAUUAUGUCUGUUAUUGUUGUUUUGACUGACAGAAAUGACAUACUGUGUGUUUAACCUCAGCUUUCUUUAACAUUUACUUUCAUAUUUAUUUAACAUUUACAACAAAGUGAUGAACUUCUAGAAGACAUUUCAUUGGUACAAAACACACUUCAGUGAUUUCUUGUUAAGAACUGACAGCAGCACUUCUUGGUAUUUCUUCACUUUAAAUUCUGGUGGAGAAAUGAAUCAAAUUUGAGCGAUAUACGAGGUUAGACUACCAUUGGGUUUUCUUCUGUGUAUUGCACUGGUGCUAAUGACACAUGCACUAAACUUCCUGUCAUUACCUGUAAUUUUCAGGGUGAACUGCAAUACGGCUACAUUUUCCACCUUGACUUUAUCUGGACUUUUUCCUCCACAGUCCCAAAUAAAAAUGAUCCCAAGAAGUCAGGGUGAGAGAGGGUAAUAUUUAGGAACGGUCACAGGGGCAAGUGGAAGGAGGUGAUGAGGUUUCUUAUCCUGCAGCCUGUGCAAAGUUGUGAAGCUACGUCACAAUCUUUGAUGCUCCUCAGCAUGUUCUUUUCCAUCCAUUCAUUGAAACUAUGACUAAGUCCAAUUACACAAAACAUUGAUAAUGAGGCAGAAUCUGUUAUCACAGCUUCAAACUCUGUGACUUCCUCAGUGUCCUAUUUACAUUGCCUCCUUACCCGCUGUUAGGAACAUGUGUGAACGAGUAACUCAGGAUUUUGACCCCAUACCUCGAGUCCAUUUAGUCCCUCUCUUCAUGCUAAUUACCUGGAAACAACUUCCCAAACCUGAUUUAGAAUAAGAUGAUUUUAUUUAGAAUAAGAUGAGUUGUGUAAGCUCUGGGGGUCCCAGAGGGGCGGCCUCACCGACCGGGUCAUGUGUGAAGUGUUUAAGGUUUUAACAGCAGAAAAAAAAGAACAUACGAGAAAAUGCUGAUAUUUGUAGCUUGUAUAGAUGUAAUAAUGACUCUGAUCACUCUGAUAUUGUUAUUAUUUAUAAUUGAAAUAAUUAUUCCUAUUAAUGUUAUUCUGAUGAUGAUAAUGAUUAUUAUUAAUGCUUGCUACAGAUUUGACCAGUGGUUUACUCAUUGUUUCUCCAUCACACUGCAACAUGAAAUAAAUUAUUCUUUGACAAAAAAGGAGAAGAAGA